AUGGGGGCUUGCAUGAGCUCGACGAGUGAGGCGGUGGAGCAGAAGAAGAGAAGCCAGAAGAUCGACAAGGACUUGGAAGAGGACUCGAAGCGGCUACGACGAGAAUGCAAAAUUCUACUCCUCGGCUCCGGCGAGUCGGGCAAAUCAACGAUUGUCAAGCAGAUGAAGAUCAUCCACCUCAAGGGCUACUCAGAAGACGAGCUUUACAGCUAUCGGGCGACCGUGUUCAAGAACCUCCUCGAGUGUGCCAAGUCCGUGAUCAACGCCAUGCGUGAAUUCAACAUCGAGCCCCAGACAGAAAACAUCCAAGCCUACUGCGUCUUCUUGCUCGACUAUUCUAUCGAGUCUGGUCCCCAACCACACAUCGACCCCAAGGUCGGCGAUGCGGUUCGGGCGAUUUGGGACGAUCCCGUACGCGAGCAGCUCAUGGAGCGGCAAACCGAGUUCUACCUCAUGGAUUCGGCAGAAUACUUUUUCCAAGAGGCCAUGCGGAUCGUUCGCCCCGACUACACGCCCAAUGAGAUGGACGUCCUCCGCGCAAGAACAAAGACAACCGGCAUCUACGAGACCCGCUUCCAGAUGGGCCAGUUGAGCAUACAUAUGUUCGACGUCGGCGGCCAGAGGAGCGAGCGCAAGAAGUGGAUUCACUGCUUCGAAAAUGUCACAUCCAUCAUAUUCUGCGUCGCUCUGAGCGAGUACGAUCAGGUGCUGCUGGAGGAGAGCAGCCAAAACCGCAUGAUGGAGAGCCUGCUGUUAUUCGACUCGGUGGUCAAUUCCAGGUGGUUCAUGCGUACGAGCAUUAUCCUCUUCCUCAACAAGGUCGACAUCUUCAAGCAGAAGCUGGCUCGCUCGCCGCUGGGGAACUACUUCCCCGACUACUCGGGCGGCAAUGAUGUCAACAAGGCCGCAAAGUACCUGCUUUGGCGGUUCAACCAGGUCAACCGAGCCCACUUGAACCUAUACCCACACUUGACCCAAGCGACGGACACGUCCAACAUCCGCCUUGUAUUUGCUGCCGUCAAAGAGACCAUCCUCAACAACGCCCUGAAAGACUCUGGCAUUUUGUGA